GCGAGGUGUUCAAUUAAGCUUAAAAACUAAUUUCAAAUUGAGCAAAAAACACCUUUGGCGUGCUGAUCAAUUAAACCGCCUAAAAAUUGAUUUGCUCUACAAUAUCUAUUUACAUCGACACAAAGCUUCAGCUUAUACAGGCUUUACAGUGUUUGAAUUCAAUAAAUUCAAGCUGUUUUCGGAGAGUUCAGAGCUGCUUAAGUCACCCUCUAUAUAGCUAGUCAGCUAUCAAAGAUGUUUCUAGCUGUCAGUUUGUUACUCCUCGGAGUGGGAAUGGUGUCGAGUAAUCCCGUAAAGCAGCAGCCAGUUGAUCCGGAGUCCUUUUUCUGGAUAAAGGAAGAACCACGAUGCGAGGAAGUAACGGACCCUAAUGAUACUUGGCUGAAGCACAAAAACAACAUCUGUUAUAACUGUGAAUGUUUUGAACGCGAUGCACUCUGUAAAAGGGUUGAUGUAGAGUGCCCAUUAACACUGAGUUGUCCAGCUCCUGUCAUACCACCAGUGGAGGAAUGCAAAUGUCCACAUUGCGAACCAGGACCAACUACAGGACCAACUCCGCCAUUAACAAUCAAGAUAACUGAAACGGAGGGAACGCCGACCACAGAAUAUGAUUCUUAAUUCCCCUGAUGGCAAGUGGAACGCGUAAGAUACAGUACAAGCAAAAUUAAAAUUGUUCACUGAAGCAAUUCCUUAUGCAAAGCAGUGACAUCUUUUAAUUAUCGUAGUGCUAAAAAGCUCAUUUAUUUACCCUAUGUAUCCAAUAGAUAAAUAGCUAUGAAUAAAGAAUUUCGAAAGCA